CAUUUCCGCUUUCUCCGAAUUUCGGCCCGAAAUUUUACACCUUUCCAUGAUCAAUUUUUGUUGACACUAUAAUUUACUUUGUUUCUAAGCUUCGGACCGCUUUUUUUCCAUAUGUUCCACUUCUGUUUCGAGUUUUUGAAUAUUCAGGUAAUGUUUCAUUGUAAUAACUACUAUUGCUUCAUUCCGGCCCGAUUUGGCCGAUGUUUUUGCUUAUUAUUGAUUACUAAUUAUUCCAUUCCAUGUUUCCGACCUUGCUCCGAUUUUCCCAUCAUUUUAUUGACAUUAUCUCAAGCUUGCUCAUUAGCACUUCCAUUCACUUAUCUGUUAUCAUUUCUAUUUAUGUUGAUUCCUUGCUUCACCCACAAGCUGCUCCUCUGUUUUAGUAGGAUUUCAUUGAUUAUUUGUUAGGAUACAGUUUCUACUCCCACUUAGAUCCGUUGAUCUGCCGGGUAGACCGAAACACUCUUUUCCAACUCAUUUUUUAUGAUUAUCCUUAUAGCGCUUUCCGGCUUUGCUUCCCAUGGAACUUCCGGUCUCGGGAUGGUUCUACCAUCAUUCUGGACACUUUGUGUCAAUUUCGGCCUUUUUAGGCAUUGCUCUUGUGUGGAUAUCAGCUUAGGUCAUCAUCUCUGGCAGCACUUUGUGUUGAUUGGCAUGCCGGACUUUUCCGCAGUUUCCGACGAUUUUUCCGGCCCAAUCCCGCCCCUCGGCUCGGAUUUUAUUCCGAAAUUUUCCCUACUCCAUUACCCUAUCAUCCUACAUCGCCAUUUACUCCAACUUCGGCUCUUGAUUCAUCGCUUUCGAGGGCUCAAGCGUACUUGGGGGAUACCACUGUAUUCCAGUCCUAUAUUCCAAUUUUUGGACCA